CCUGCCUCUCACUCUCUUCUUCACUUGGGUUGUACUGAUAACUCGAGGCUUUUCUCCUUACUUUCAGGAGUAUUUUCAUUUUGAGUGUAAGUAAAACAUGGAUUUGAAUAUUUUUUCACCUUAAAAAGCGACUUCAGACAUAGUUUUUGUUCCUUUUGGAGUUUGCACAGAAGAACCACUGACCUCUAAGGGUCAGAUCCAGCUUUAAGUCAAGUUACUGUAAACAGAGAAAUGAAUUUCGAUCAGGUUUUGGCAGAUAUCGGCGGGUUUGGGAGAUAUCAGAAGAUUUUGUAUAUGCUGAUCUGUCUUCCACAAAUCGUAACUGCCUUUCACAUGAUGGCGAGCAUCUUCACAGGCUACACUCCUCCACAUCACUGUCGGAGCUCAGCUGCUGAACUAUGGCACUUUAACAUGUCUAUGAACUACAGCCACUCGUGCUACAGCUUCCCAUACAAUCAGACAGAGGAUCCUUGUCCACAUGGAUGGGUCUACAGCCAAGAAUUAAUCCAUACGAGCACUGUCACUGAGUGGGAUCUUGUCUGUGACAAGGCAACUCUGAACAAUCUUGGUUCUUCACUGUAUAUGCUGGGAUUGCUUGUGGGAGCUACUGUGUUUGGAUCUAUGGCUGACAGGUUUGGAAGGAGGUUUACAUUGCUGUUGUCUCUUGCCAUACAAGCAGUAUUUGGUGUUGCAGCUGCCUUUGCACCAAACUACCUGGUGUAUGUGACUCUUCGCUUCAUUAUAGGAACGUCUAUGUCAGGAAUCAUCAUCAAUGCUUUUGUGUUGGGCACAGAAUGGACGUCUACCAAAAAACGCAUGAUGGCUGGAAUUUUAUCCGAUUAUUUCUUUGGGUUUGGUUAUAUGCUGCUGGCUGGUGUGGCUUAUUUUAUUCGAAGCUGGAGAAAUCUGCAGCUUGCCAUCUCAGCACCAGGUUUUAUUUUUAUUUUCUACAUCUGGGUUCUUCCUAAUUCAGCUCGUUGGCUAUUGGUAAAUAAUAGAAAAGAGGAAGCACUAGUUCUUUUACGCAAAGCAGCUUCAGUGAAUGGUCGUGCCUUGCCUACAGCUGUGCAGCUAGAUAAGUGUGAAGGGAUGCAGGAGAAGAAUCAACACACUGUUGCAGAUCUAUUUCGUACUCCCCAGAUGAGGAAAAGAUCAUUUAUUUUGUUCUACAUUUGGUUUGUUAAUGUAUUAGUGUAUUAUGGUCUCUCUCUGAGUGUGUCAGACCUGGGCACAAAUCUUUACCUCACUCAGUUUCUGUUUGGAUUGGUCGAAAUCCCUGCAAAGGCCCUGGUCUUGAUCUUCCUCCCCUACAGCCGUCGUCUCUCACAGAGUGCAUUCCUUGCCAUCGGGGGCGCCGCUUGCCUCCUGAUGCUCAUUGUACCAGAAGAUAGCCCCACUGUACAGGCUGCUGUGGCUAUGACUGGAAAAUUUGGGAUCACAGCCUCUUUUAGUGUCAUCUAUAUUUAUACAGCUGAGCUCUUCCCAACUGUGCUUAGACAGACAGGAAUUGGUGUGUCUUCCAUGUUGGCACGAAUUGGUGGAGUUUUAGCACCAAUGAUAAACCUGCUUGGAGAGAGUAACUCUGUUGUGCCCACGGUAAUAUUUGGCUUUGCACCUCUGCUUGCUGCAGUUCUUGCAUUGGGCCUGCCAGAGACAGCCAAUAAACCAUUACCUGAUACCAUUGAAGAUAUCCAAGAAUCUGAAAGGUUUACUCCAGCGAAUAACAGCAGAAAUUUCCCUGAAGACACUGUCCAGUCUCCAAACACCACUGAGGCACAGGAACUACAGUGCCUUACAAACAAGUCUCUAUAGAUUUACAUUGUGCCUGCUGCAUAAAGACAAACACACAGACACAAACAUUUUCUUUCCUCAUUCUCUGUUUGGGUUUUAGAAAUGUAUAUGUACAUGUAUAACACUGAUAUAUUUUUUCAUCUUUGGUCAAAAGCUGCUGCUUUUUUUUUUGUUUAGCUUCAUGCUGAGAAAGCAGCUGUGUCAUCAGUGUUUUUAGCCCAAGUGUCACAAUAGAGCUAGGGAACAGCAGUUCUUUUGUAGAAACCACACUGUCUUAUCCGAUGUCUAUGCAACAAAAACACAAAGUGCCUUUCAUGUUUACACAAUGCAUGCAAGUAUAUUAUACUAAUAUACUUUUAUGUAUUUCUUCCAUAUGACAAUCAGAAAACCCUCUAUGAAGCUCUUGUAUUUGUUUGUGAAAAGCUUGUUUUUAUAUUGUUCAUCCAAUAUUAUUCCAUACAUUUGGGUGAAAAAAAAAAAAAACAUGUCUAGGUGCACUAAAGCAGGGCUUUUUUUGGUCAUGCACCAUACUUGGACAUUUCAUGUUGGGGUUUUUCUUUGAACAGUCACUCACCAGAUGCAGUAAAAUAAAUUUUGUCACAUAUUCCAGCUUGUUAGAAGCUAAAGUCUGGGUGGGGUCAACCUCUUGAUCAGCCACUACCAGUAAAUAAUUGUAUAUAGCUGUACUGUUACUUAUGUCCUUGAUCACUUUUAUAGCAAAUGGCCCAUUGAUGAUCAACACACCACCAUGGAAUCAUUGCAGUGAACAUAUUGAAGUCAGACUGACAGAACACUGCCCCAUUUUACCAGUGAUUAAAAUGCAUCUCAGAGUCACAAUCAGGCCAAUAUUAUACUCAACAAAGUCAAAAUUGGCCCUCAAAUUGCAAAUGUAACUGAACACUUUAAUAGAGAACUCACUGAACAAUGGUAAAAAUUAUCUUGCCAAAACCUAUUUUCUUAAAUUUGGUCACAUAAUAUUAUGGUUUGGUUUCAUCGAUUCACAGUUCUGCCAAUCAUCACAUAGGCCUCUAGGCUCUGGUCAAUAGAUAAACAUUGAAUGAAUUUAAAAACAAAAGUCUGAAUUGUUUAAUUAGGUAAAUCAUCGUUGAUUCCACCACAAGCUUACAUUAAUGCACUGCUUUACAGUUUCUUUAUGGUCUGUGACUUUACUGGCUUGUAGAAACAAUGCCAUCCAGUGCAGAUUAAAUGUAAAAGCAAAGAGUGAAAAUGCAGAUAGUCACAAUGUGGCAUUUAGAGAAUGUAAUGACAAGUGGGAACUCUUGUUUACACUGGAACAAAUUAUUUGACAGUCUUGUGCAUGUACAGUAUACACACACACACACACACCAAAGCGCACUUUCUCCAUUAGUUUGGGAUGUUACCAAUGGCAUCCCUGUGCACACACCCCUCAAGUUCUUGGUCUUAAAAUAUUCAAGUACUUGUAAAUAAAAAUCAGAGACUAAUAUAGUAAACAUAACUUUAAUUAUAAAAAGAACAAAACAUGCCCAAAAAAAUGGAAAAACAAAUUUAAGACAUCCAAGCAUUGGAUACCUGGAUGUCAACUAAUUCAUAAAUUAUUUGUCCCAAUUAUGUACCACCUUGUAAGAGUCCUCAGACUAAAGACUAGUUAAAAAAAAAAAAUGUUUAAUACCCAGCAUUUCCUGCAGAAACCCAUUAG